UUCUUUUCUUUUUUUUUUAUUUUAUUUUUAUUUUUUUUACCUUCAUCCUACUUCCUUCUGCCACAAUAAGUCAGCACAGAUAUGACUGGCGCUACGCUUCGCCGUGGCGUGUUCCAACUAAAAGUUACCAGACUAUUUGACACUUUCAAUAUUAGAAGAUGCCUUUUGAUACUGUACAUUUCCUUGUUUUUCGGAGACUUCACUACUCCUGUGACAGCACAAAUCCCUGACUUUGGAUACUCCAUGGCCUAUGCCACUGUAAAAGAUAAGACACUAUACAUCCAUGGAGGAUACAUAGAAACGGCGCCCUCGCCCAGUAACCAGUUUUUCGCUCUAGAUUUGACACAGCCAAGCUGGAACACGUCAAGACCACCAUGGAAAACGAUCAAUGUCCACAACCUUGCCGAUCAAAGACAUCCAGGCGUAGCGGCCCACACAAUGACUGUAUCUAAAGACCAGCAAAUGCUGAUUGCCUUCUAUGGCCAUAUGGUGUUUAAAUAUCACUUUGCAAAUGAGACAUGGUCAGCUCCCAUGAAGCCGUCUUUGAACUUCACUAUAUUAAGCCAACAAGCUGUAACAGAUCCCAACUCAGGGCUCGUCUACGUUCCUGGCCCUGUCGGCUCUGACUACAUAUCAUUCGCAGCGGGCGAUAUGUUGGUAUACAAUCCUGAAACAGGAGUAUGCCAAGCGAUCCCAAUGCCGACAGAGCACUCUAGUGGUAGAUUUGAGCAUUUCGCCGCUGCUUGGAGUGAGAAGCGGAAUAGUCUUCUCAUUCAUGGAGGGUGGCUAGGUUCUACUACCAAGACCGCUAUUGACAUUCUUAUUGAAUACAACCCUGCGACAUCUGCGUGGAAACAAGUGGCCACGACAGGAACGCCCCCUAAAGGCUUAGCUGCUCAUUGCAUGGUUCCUGCAUACGGCGGAUCAAAAAUGAUUGUAUUUGGUGGCUGGCAGGAAAUUGAUGACUUGCAAAGCACUAUAUACAUCCUUGAUAUCGAUACUAUGACAUGGAGUCAAGGGCAAUCGGCCCCUCCAGAACAGGCUCGCGCUUCUAUGGUCUGUACUUCGAUAGGUGAUAACUUCCUGGCAUGGGGAGGUAUCGUUAAGAGCAGAUCGAAAGGAGGCGCACCGAUCAUUUACAACAUCAAGGACAAUCAAUGGACUACACAGUACUCCUAUUCAACUUCAUCGCCGGAUACGUCUACGUCUACGGCUAUUUCCACAAGUAAAGUGAACGACGCUGUCAUUAAUAGAGUCGUUGGUGCUGUGGUUAUUGUGAUUGUGGCUGUGUUUUUUGUGUAAAGGCGCAAUAAAUAUGGGAAGGGUCAUCAGCACGACAAAAGUACUCCGAAAGCAUCACACGCCUAGAUUACUGACAACGUACGGCCUCGUUCUCAAGUUUUGUGUUCGAAUAUAAUUCAGAUAGUCUACGGGAUAAUAGAUCAUAUACUACCAACAAAUAAAUGCAGCUAUAAGGCCAGGUAGCGCAGAUCAGUGCAUAAUUAGGGGCACUGAAGCGUCG